AUUUUGGUUGAAGCUAGAUCAGAGAGACUGAGACAUGAUCUCCACGUGACUGAAACCAAACCGGCCAUUGCGAUUUGUGAAGAAACUAGUAGAGCUUAGUGGACAGGGAGUGACGACAAUCAUCGGAGGACGACACUAGGUUGCAGAAGUCCACAACGUUAGGCUUGCAGCAUUCACUUUCAGUUGCAUACAUGUUUCAUGUUCCACGGGUCGCAAGCUAUUAAAGUUCUUCCGAUUAAGGGUAGAGUAGAAAAAAUAAUGGGAGUACCUCCCAAAUGCACCGAACUUGGAUUUUUUCUUACUCAUGGAAAAGGUCUUGGAAAAUGAACAACAAUUGCACGUACAACAUCGGAGAAUUGGCACCAUGGAAAAAUGAAAGGUUUAUUCUGUCAGCAACUUCAUUCCUAUCAAAAUAAAUUAUAGUUCAUGGC